AUAUAGAGAAGGGGAGUCAGAAAGGGAAAAAGAAAGAGAAAGAGAGUCAAGAAAGACAGAAAGAGAUGAGAGUCAAUCCAUGUUUGUAAUUCAUUGCAAUAAUGAUUAGAAUCAUUUGCCAUAAUAUCUUCUCAUCCGGUUAUUGAAUAAGGUUUGUAACAUUCCUUGAUCAUCUUACACUAUCAUCUGGUGUCCACUUCUUCAUUUCGGUCUUUUCCAUUUGUGUUGACUUUGUUUGUUGCCAAAUUUUUUGUCUUCAAAUACAUCCGUUGAAGUUUCAUUCCUGUCCGGUAAUCAAGGUGGUCCAUAAAGUGAAAUAUAUUACUUAAAUUGAAGCCAAUUGCUCAGUGAAAAUGUCUGCCACCCUUCGCCCAUAUCUUGCUGCAGUUCGGAAAACAUUGGAGGCUGCUUUUUGUUUGACCGAUUUUAAUUCACAAGUUGUCGAAAGACAUAAUAAACCUGAGGUAGAAGUUCGUGGUAACAAGGAAUUACUUCUUAAUCCAGUGGUAAUCAGUCGUAAUGACAAGGAAAGAGUGUUAAUUGAGUCUAGUAUAAACUCUGUCCGGAUCUCCAUUGCAGUUAAACAAGCGGACGAUAUUGAAAGGAUCCUUGUCCAUAAAUUCACCCGUUUUUUAAUGAUGCGAGCGGAUAAAUUUGUUAUUUUAAGGCGUAAACCUGUCUCUUUAAGCGAUACAAGAAGUACUAUUUUAGAUGAGAAGACAAAUCCUCAACAGCAACCUCCUACCGGUUAUGAUAUAUCUUUUCUUGUUACCAAUAUUCACACUGAAUAUAUGAACAGAUUCAAAAUAAUCGAUUUUAUUAUACACUUUAUGGAAGAAAUUGAUAAAGAAAUCAAUGAAAUGAAAUUGGCCAUCAAUGCAAGAGCUAGAAUUACUGCUGAAGAGUUUCUCAAACGAUUUUGAUUAAUUGGUACAUAACUUAAAGCUCAGCUGGAAAAUCUUGGCAGAGCUGAAUUGUUUAUUCUGUUCCGUGGCUAAGCCAUCUUUGGCAGUAUUUCAUAUUCUCUAUCUUUAAUUAAAUUCGUUUCUUUCUGUUUUUCUUACAUAAAAGUUAUCUGAAGUACCAGAUUAUAACAAAAAACACAUCUCAUAGAAAGAAAAUAAUAAAUUGUUUUACUCCAUUAUUAAAGAAUUUAAAUUGUUAGAAA